AUGUCUCAUUUUAAGCCCAAAGUACCACUUCAACCUGACUCAUUUUCCAUUCUCUUGCCUGGAAUCACACCUGAAGCAGCUCAAUUAUCCGAAAAACUCUUGAUGAGAAAUAAUAAAGAGUUUCAUAUCUUUUUCAAUGAUAAAAAAUUUCACAAUCAUCUUAUUCAUCAUCUUUUAGCAGCUUAUUCAUUGGGUGCAACAAAAGAAACUUUACAAAAAAUCUUUGAUACACAUGCCAAGGAUCAACGACCUUUACCUCCAUCUGUAGGAGAAAUAACUCAUCAUAAUUAUAAAAAUUAUUUAGGAAAAGCAGAAUGUUAUACAAGCUUUUUUAAUUUGUUUAUGAGCGAGAUUGAGGCACAUGGAUCACUUGAGACAGUACGCAGAUGGGUUAUGAGUGGUGAUAUGCUAUCACGUACCGUUGGUGGCGCCUAUCAUCCCUUUAUUCAUAUUGGUUACGGACUUGAAUUUGACGUCCCUGCUGUUCUGGCUGAAGGUUUGGCGAUGGCUGCAUGUACCGAGGCGAAUUUUAAAUCCCUUAUACCCCAACAACCUGAACCUUCUGCAACAUUAAUACCUGUUGUAGCCGAAACGGCAGUUUCAUCUGCAAGAGGUUUCAUGAGUCAUAUAGUUGAUCAACUGUCAAACCAGUUUUCAAGUCGUUUAGGCUUUGUAGAAAGCAAGAAUAUAUCAAUGAUGAUGGAUGAUACUCUUAAAGAAUCCAUCCCGGGUUUUUUAAAGGAUAAUGACUUAUUUAUUAUUUUUUCUAAAAUCCAUAAGGAUCCUGGCUUUGAUGAUAUUCUAACAUCUCAAGAUGAAUCUCAAAUUAAAAAAUUACAAGCUAAUAAGGAUGCUAUGGACAGAAUUAAAGCUCACCUGGAUGAAUGGCAUGUUGAUGAAGGUCAUGUUCAAACAAAAUUGAAGGAACUUUAUGCAGUAGCGGUGCUUGCCUUGGGUGCUACAGGUAUUCGUCAAGAUCAUCCUGAUGUCUUGCGUUUGGAUUUCUUCUUGAUGCACGCUUUGACUUCUUCUGAAUUUCUUCAUCAGUUUGUUUAUAGGUUGGCUCCCUAUGAAUCAGUGGCCUUAUUACGUGCACAUGCAGCCGUUACCAUGUUUUACUAUGUUACAAGAGGAAGACCCGCCUUUAAUAUCCAGGGAUUACUCGACUAUAGAUCAACCGUUAAAGCAAACAACAACAACAACAACGAUUGGUUAAAUGUGUUUGAUAGGGCUCUUGGCUGUAUGGAGCCUCAUGUGAUCAAAGUUGUUCGUGCUUGUGCUGUAGCACAAAUUAUUUAUGGACCUCAACAAGAUCCUAAUUUAAACACAGCCUGGCUUCAUGUUGCCCAAAUGGCAGUUGAUAAAGAUGGACAUUGGGAUUUUAAUUGUUUAGGAUUUGAUGAUACAUGGACAGACACGAAAAAGAAAAGAAAUGUAUAA